GACUAAAAAAGUGUCAUAAAAUCAAGAUGUGAAAUGUCAAAUGGACAGAGCAGAGUUUAGAAAUAGCUAUCCUUGUGUUUAUAUAAUUGUAUUGCAAAAUGACAACUACUGUUAUAAAAUACGUCGGAAGGACUACUGAUUUUAAGGGGAAGACGUUAUGGGAAAUUGUCGGAAGCUUAAAAAACUUAGGAGUUGGUAGGAUUAUUGUUCGAUCUGUAUUUGAGAGAUAUCCCGAGCCGAGUUUUAUGAAGAUAGUGAAGGUUGAAACAUGCCCUGACGAGGAAAGGCGUCGCGUUCGUGUAUGGGUUGAGAAAACUUUUAGAGGUAAAAAACUUGAAAAAUUAACUGAAAUCUAUAGAACAUCAUAUAAGCCUGACUAUAAACUCAUACCUAAGCAUGAAGAGGCAAAUUUGCUGAAGUCCAUCAAAGAUGUUCAUGAUUCCCCAGAUGUUAUUUUGCCCAGAACUAUAGAAAUGCCACCUUUAAUGAAGAAGUUUAUAGUGAAAGAUCAUGAAAACAAAGGAAUGGAGAUUUUGAAAGAGUAUGUGAUGCCACUUAGUUACAAUACCAGUCCUAACAGAGUAGCUAGGAUUGCUCAAGGAGAUGAGAAGCCAACCGUUCAGUUUACUAUGGGUCUGGGAAAACCUGCAAGCCCCUCAUUAUAUGAAGGUGUUCCACUGAAUUAAAUCAACAUUACAAAACUAAUUUAAAGUUAAUAGUACAUAGAGAAAUAAUUGUUAGCAUAGUUU